UUAUCUUUGGUUCAUUAUGUGUUAUAGCAGCAGUGUUCGUGGUAGUAAGGUAACAUUAUCCUCCACACCACCUCAGGAAGUAAACAAACAGACAGGAUGGCGUCCGAGGUGGAGGUUCCUUUCACUAAACAGAUGAGAAUUGCCACCAAGGAAAUCCACAAUGUCAGUGAUGCUUUAAUAAAUGCCAAACUUGGGAUAGCGAUGACAGAGGACCGGGUGUGGGCUGAAGGCUUGUUGGUGUUUUAUGAGGUGUUCCGGUACCUGGAGGAGGCUCUUGACCGCCACUCUCACACACUCAUCGGAGAACUGGAUAUUCCCGGCAUGAGACGCACCGAAGCAUUUGAAAAGGAUUUGUGUUAUUAUCUUGGUAAUGACUGGAAGAAUGGUUACACUCCCCGGGAAAGUGUGUGUCAGUAUUUGAAACAUCUGGAGAAGAUAGAGGAAGAGAACCCUUACUUCCUCAUGUCUUAUAUCUACCACUUGUACAUGGGGCUUCUUUCUGGUGGACAGAUUUUGCGCCGUAAGAAAGUUCUUCUUGAGAAGCUGACAUUUUCUCGCAAGGAUACAGUGGAGGGCAUGGCUGUCACAGAGAUAGCUGAUGGCUCUGUGUCCAAAAUUAAGAGACAAAUGACAGAAUCCAUGAAUCAGAUUGCCGGAGAAAUGGACGAAGACACGCGCCAGAGACUCAUGGAUGAGAGCAAGAUGGUGUUUAUCCUCAACAAUCGUAUGGUUCACUCCAUAGAGGGAGCCGGAGCUGUGGUCACUAUCAAGAUUAUCAAGUUAGGAGUUUAUGGAGCCUUAGCAGUAUUACUGUUUACUUAUCUCAAGAAAUUUUUGACUGGAUUGAGCCUCGCAACUCCUUCCUCUUCUGCUCUCCCCUCCUCCAUAUAGCAGAGACCCCACACUUCAGUCUCCUAACACAGGUACUGUACUGUAGAAAACCAUCAAGGCAAAAAAUUCCACUUGUUUUGUAAAUUUUGAUGACAAGGUAAGGAACAAGCUCCCAGUGACAAGGACAGACAGAACUUUAAGACUCCUACCUUGAAUAAAUAGUUUAGAUAAAGAGAGAUGGGGAUAUUUUUAUAAGUGAGAGUGAGGGCAAGGUGUUCAUGUGUACCAUCUGCUGAGUGUGUGUUGCAGGGGUAUGAGUCAGUAACUUCACUCUGGCAUUGACUCUUUUAUCUGCCAAGCUUAAUGAAAUAAAUAACAUUUUCCGUAUACCGGUAAGUAACGAAUAUUA